GGCUCCGGGCUCCGGGCCCUGCCACGAACACUGCCUCUUGUAGUGAUUCUCGGGGCCACGGGCACUGGCAAAUCCACCCUGGCGUUGCAGCUAGGCCAACGGCUCGGUGGCGAAAUCGUCAGCGCUGACUCCAUGCAGGUCUGCUGUGCUCUGAACACAUAUGCUUAGAACACAUCUACUCUAAAAAAAAAGAAGAAGAAGAAGAAGAACACAUCUAUUCUGGUGCUUUGGGUUUAUGAAGGCCUGGACAUCAUCACCAACAAGGUUUCUGCCCAAGAGCAGAGAAUAUGCCAGCACCACAUGAUCAGCUUUGUGGAUCCUCUCGUGACAAAUUACACAGUUGUGGACUUCAGGAACAAGGCAACUGCUCUGAUUGAAGAUAUAUUUGCCCGAGACAAAAUUCCUAUUGUCGUGGGAGGAACCAAUUAUUACAUUGAGUCUCUGCUCUGGAAAGUUCUUGUCAAUACUAAGCCCCAGGAGGUGGGCACUGAGAAGGUGAUUGACCGGAAAGUAGAGCUUGAAAAGGAGGAUGGCCAUGUACUCCACAAACGCCUAAGCCAAGUGGACCCAGAAAUGGCUGCCAAGUUGCACCCCCAUGACAAGCGCAAAGUGGCCAGGAGCUUGCAAGUGUUUGAAGAAACGGGAAUCUCUCAUAGUGAAUUUCUUCAUCGUCAACAUGCAGAGGAAGGUGGUGGUCCCCUUGGAGGCCCUCUGAAGUUCCCUAACCUUUGCAUCCUCUGGCUUCAUGCUGACCAGACAGUUCUAGAUGAGCGCUUGGAUAAGAGGGUGGAUGACAUGCUUGCUGCUGGGCUCUUGGAUGAACUAAGAGAUUUUCACAGACGCUAUAAUCAGAAGAAAGUUGCAGAAAAUAGCCAGGACUAUCAACAUGGUAUCUUCCAAUCCAUUGGCUUCAAGGAAUUUCACGAGUACCUGGUCACUGAGGGAAAAUGCACACCAGAGACUAGUAACCAGCUCCUAAAGAAAGGUAUUGAGUCUCUGAAACAAGUGACUAAAAGAUAUGCCCGGAAACAAAACCGAUGGGUUAAAAACCGUUUUUUGAGCAGACCUGGUCCCAGUGUCCCCCCAGUAUAUGGCUUAGAAGUAUCUGAUGUCUCGAAGUGGGAAGAGUCUGUUCUUGAACCUGCUCUUGAAAUCGUGCAAAGUUUCAUCCAGGGCCACAAGCCUGCAGCUGCUCCAGUAAAGAUGCCAUACAAUGAAAUGGAGAACAAGAGAAGUUACCACAUGUGUGACCUCUGUGAUCGAAUCAUCAUUGGGGACCGUGAAUGGACAGCACAUAUAAAAUCCAAAUCCCACUUGCACCAACUGAAGAAGAGAAGAAGAUUGGACUUGGAUGUUGUAGCUACCGUAGAAAAUCAGAGUAUUUCUCCAGACCGUGACAAAGAGCUUAAAGAGAAAGGAUCCCCAGGGCAGAAUGAGAAAGAGCUGAAAUCUGGUGUUUAAAGAGACAUGUCCAGUAGCCUUUGCACAGAUACUUUUAUAAAAGAUGACUGAAGUAUUGUGAGCCACAAAUCAGGAGUUCUGGAUUUGGGUGAAUGACAGGAAAGGCCCAGCCCCAGUGAGAUGAUUAAGUGACCUCAACCAAAUCUUGGAAUUCCACUGAGAAGGAGAGAAGGAGGUGGUCAUGAUGUGGCACUUGAAGACGAGACUUUAACAUUUGUUGAGGUCCUCCUGUGUAAUAAUUACUAUCACUGCUAUCUUUCUACUGAGUUAGGAGUCUAUAUUUUUAUUAAAAGUUAAAUAAAGAAAAAGUUUCCAAGAGUCUCUUUAGUCCUUAAAAAAUGUAUAUUCCGUGUCUAGUUUAUACACAGUAGGCUCUGUUAUCAACAUACAUAAUAGCUUUGGGGCAUCUGGGUGGCUCAGUCGGUUAAGCAUCCUACUCUUGAUCUCAGCUCAGGUCUUGAUCUCAGGGUCGUGAGUUCAGGUCCUGCGCUGGGCUCCACACUGGGCUUGGAGCCUACUUAAAAAAAACAAACAAACCAUGAAACAAAACAAAAACAUGUUAGCCUUUUCUCAAACUUGACAUUCUUCAUAUGAUACUGUCUAGUCAUUAUUUAGCAAAUGUUUAUUGAGCACUUACUAUAUUCCUGGAAGACAUAGAGGGUGUUUGGAGAUGUGUGAUUUCCAGCAAUGUUGAGUAUAUGUAUUUAGCAUAAAAUUAAGCAUUUUUGUGUUUACAGUUCAGCAUUAAUUACAUUCAUAGUGCUAUGCAACUAUCACCUCUAUUUCCAAAACUUUUUCAUCACCCCAAAUGGGGUGUAUCUAUUAAGCCAUAACCUUACUCAAGUAAUACUUUAUUUGUUCAGAAUUUACUAGAUGACAGGCUAGAGGGAAAAACAGAGAUAAAAUGAGAUGUCAUUCUUGUUUUCAGGGAGCUUUGUUCAUACUGUACAAACAGCCAGUCUAGGGAAGAGAAUAUCUAAAGGCCGUAAGAGGUAUGUAGAAUUGUACUUUGGAGGGGAGGGAAGGGGGAGGGAAGAGGAUUAUGGAAGAAGGAGCAUUUCUGCUGGACUUUAAAAAGCAGUUCUUGGGGCGCCUGGGUGGCUCAGUCGUUAAGCGUCUGCCUUCGGCUCAGGUCCUGAUCUGGGAUCGAGCCCCGCAUCGGGCUCCCUGCUUCUAACAUUUUUUAAAAGUUUUAUUUUUUUGUUUACAUAGUUCAGAAUUUGUUUACAUAGUUCAAAAAUCAAAAUGAUAUCAAGGACAUUCAUUAAGGGGUGCCUGGGUGGCUCUCUUGCUCUCUCUCUGAAAUAAAUAAAAUCUUUAUUUUUAAAAAAAAUGUUAUGUAUUUGAGGGGCGCCUGGGUGGCUUAGUCGUUAAGUGUCUGCCUUCGGCUCAGGUCAUGAUCCCGGGGUCCUGGGAUCGAGCCCCGCGUCGGGCUCCCUGCUCGGCGGGAAGCCUGCUUCUCCCUCCUCCACUCCACCGGCUUGUGUUCCCUCUCUCACUGUCUCUCUCUCUCUGUCAAAUAAAUAAAUAAAUAAAAUCUUUUAAAAAAAAAAUGUUAUGUAUUUGAGACAGAAAGCACAAGCAGGGGGCGGCGGGGGUGGGGGCAGAGGGAGAAGCAGACUCCCCACCCAGCAGGGAGCCUGACGUGGGGCUCCAUCCCAGGACCCUGAGAGAUCAUGACCUGAGCGGAAGGCAGACACCCAACCAACUGAGCCGCCCGGGUGCCCCUAAAUAAAAUCUUUAAAAAAAAAAAAAAAAGACAUUCUUUGAGAAAUCUCGCUCCCAUCUCUAUCCACUUCUCCCCAAAUAGAUACUUACUAGUUUUUUCUCUCUCUCUCAAGAGUGUUUUAAUGCAAAAAUGAACAAAUAGAAAUAUAUAUUCUUUCCCCCUCCCCCCCUUACCCAAAAGAGCAUUUAGCACGUACUAUCUUCAUCUGUCACCUCUCCUGUUAGCAGCAUCUGGGUGUGCAUGGAUUUCUCCUGCCACCUCUGUCAGGUCUCUUGUUUUGGGCGUUAACCAUUUACUCUAGAUUCCCCAGUUAACUCCAGCAGGGUUCACUUACCUUAUAUACUGAACUUCAUUCAGAUGCUAGGGUUUAGGCCAAAAACCAGUCUCUGACAAAUUCUUAAGCUAUGGCCAGCCCAUUCAUUCAGCCAGCAGAUACCUCAGAACUUACCAUGUGCUUGGUGCUUUGCUAGACUCAGAGGAUACAGUGGUGAUCGAGAAAGUCCACACUGAUUAAAUAAUUACAGAAUUAUAGCUGUAAUAAGGCUGCAAAGAAAUCACACUUGCUAUAAGAGCAAGUAAUCCGAGGACCUGCCGCCACCCCCCCACCCCCCCCCCCCGAGUGUGUGAGAGUGUGCAUGUGUUGGGGGAAGGCACGCAACAUGGCACAGCAUGAUGCUAGGGCAGGAGUUUGGAGCCAGGUCUGUAGAUAGGGUACCAUGUUACCUGAAGGCUAAGGUUCUCAACAUGACUUCAGUGGCUUCUCCUCCCUCCUUCCCCACUCUGGGGGAUAUCCUGGACCUCUUGAGUUUUAUUGAGCUUUACCCAAUUUUAACGAC